UCGUUGCUCUUAUAUUUCCAUCGAUCUUUCUCCCUCUCUCACAAACGUACUGACAUUUUAGAGAGCCUUGACCCUAUUUUUUUUUUGGGUUCAUUUCUUUAACUCUUUCUUUAAACUCAGAUGCAACCCUGGAGAAGAAAGUUUCCAUUGUUCGAAACAGGAGUGACAAUGAAACAGAGGAAGAACAGUAAUCUCUCCAUCUUCGUAGUCGUCUUCUCUGUUUUCCUCUUCGGUAUCUUUAUGUACAACGAAGACGUCAAAUCCAUCGCCGAGUUCCCUUUCUCCACCUCAAAACCUAGCGACGUGCAAGAGAACCAAGAGGAGGCUAAACCGAUCACAGAGGUCACAGCACUACCAGUCCAAGAACCGAUCAAGAACUCAGACCCAGUUCAUGAUUCCGCGGGAAACGCAGACCCAGUUCAGGAACCGCUCAAAAGCCCAGACCUUGAUCAUGAGUCAGUGAGAGAAGCAGAGCCAUCGAAAACAGAGGAAGAGAAGAAGAUUGAGAUGUUUGCUGCGGCGGAGGAAGAAGACGACGUGGAACUGCCGCCGGAGGAGUGCGACUUGUUCACCGGAGAAUGGGUUUUCGAUAACGAGACGCAUCCGUUGUACAAAGAGGAUCAGUGUGAGUUCUUGACGGCGCAAGUGACGUGCAUGAGAAACGGAAGAAAAGAUUCUCUGUAUCAGAACUGGAGAUGGCAACCCAGAGAUUGCUCUUUACCAAAGUUCAAAGCGAAACUGCUGCUGGAGAAGCUAAGAAACAAGAGAAUGAUGUUCGUUGGGGACUCUCUUAACCGGAAUCAAUGGGAAUCUAUGGUUUGCUUGGUUCAAUCAGUGGUUCCUCCCGGUCGUAAGAGCUUGAACAAAACCGGUUCUCUCUCUGUCUUUAGAAUCGAGGAUUAUAAUGCAACGGUGGAGUUUUAUUGGGCGCCGUUUUUGGUGGAAUCAAAUUCAGAUGAUCCAAAUAUGCACAGUAUACUUAACCGUAUAAUAAUGCCCGAGUCAAUAGAGAAGCAUGGAGUCAACUGGAAAGGCGUUGACUUUCUUGUAUUCAACACUUACAUCUGGUGGAUGAACACAUUCGCCAUGAAAGUUCUACGAGGAUCGUUCGAUAAAGGAGACACUGAGUACGAAGAGAUCCCACGGCCAGUAGCUUACCAGAGAGUGUUAAGGACUUGGGGAGAUUGGGUGGACCGCAAUAUAGAUCCUCUACGUACCACUGUUUUCUUCGCCAGCAUGUCUCCUCUCCACAUCAAGAGCUUGGAUUGGGAGAAUCCAGAUGGGAUAAAGUGCGCUUUGGAGACGACACCGAUCCUCAACAUGUCAAUGCCCUUCAGCGUAGGAACAGACUACAGGCUGUUUUCAGUAGCGGAAAACGUCACGCAUUCUCUUAAAGUUCCGGUUUACUUCCUCAACAUUACGAGACUGUCCGAAUACAGGAAAGAUGCUCACACGUCGGUUCACACAAUCCGACAAGGCAAAAUGCUGACGCCGGAGCAACAAGCCGAUCCAAACACUUACGCUGAUUGUAUCCAUUGGUGUCUUCCUGGUUUGCCUGAUACGUGGAACGAGUUCCUUUACACACGUAUUAUUUCCCGUUCGUGACCUAAAAGAUAACAAAAGAAAUGUUUUUGGUAUCUCUCUUUUAAAACCUAUUUUUUCCUCUAUGCUCCAUCGAUCGGGUGCCUCGAAAUGUUAUUAUUCUCAUGUCAUAAUGUUCAUAAUUUUCAGUAACUGUAAUUGUGAAAUGUUAUCUUUUUUCUUCUUUAAAUGGUUAUUAGAGGGCCUUUUAACUGUC